GUUUCCAUCUAUAAUCUGAUUGGUUUGAUAGUGGUUUUAUCUUUUGCCAUGUUGUUCACUGUCAAAUUAAAUUUGUAUGUUUUUGUUAUUUUCUUGUCUGCAUAAGUUUUAGUAAACAAUUUGUGUUUUCUGCAAUGUUGACGUCGUGACAAAAGAUAAAAUGCCUGAGUUGGAUCCUCUGCUAUGCUCCACUGCACAUUAUUACAAAUCACGUGCAGAUGGUUUGUGGCGAAGGUUAAGUACAAGUCUGUUCCUGGUGAUGGCACUUUGCCUCGUUACACUGAUAUUCACUCAGCGCCUCGCAACAUCCUCAUCCAUCCAUCUAACCAUAGGAAGAACAAUCCAGAGUUGGUCAACCAAUGAAGCAGAAAUGGCAAACAUUACAGCAGAGAUAGAGGAGGCACUGACUGAACAACGGAAUCUUAUAGCUCAGGAAAUGACUGAUUAUAAUUAUCCAGCUGGGAAAUAUAAUUUAUCAGCUCGGUCACUAAAAGAUCUGGUGCCAGAGUUGGGAGGUCGGCCUGUACGCAGUUUGGUACUGACCACUUGGCGCUCUGGUUCUACAUUCCUUGGAGAGGUGCUUAACAGCCAUCCCGGCACUUUCUACCACUAUGAACCUCUCCUCGAUUAUGACAUUGUGCAGAUUAGAGGUCCUCCUCUGGCUGUUGGUGCUAUCCAAAGGCUCGAAAACCUCCUUCGCUGCAACUACUCGAAUUUAGAGCACUACCUGGAAUAUGGACAGGAUCACACCUGGCUGUUCACUCACAACUCUCGCUUGUGGGACCGCUGCCUCAUACACCCUCACCUGUGCUGGCUGCCACAACUGCUGUCACCUCUCUGCUCUCUCUUCCCCUUCCAGUCCAUGAAGACUGUGCGAGUCAGGCUGAGGCUCAUCGAACAGUUCCUGAAUGACCCGAGUUUAAACGUGAGAGUGCUGCUACUAGUGAGAGAUCCACGAGGCACAAUGCAAUCUCGUCGACAUCGAGACUGGUGCCCUGGUCAGCCGGACUGCUGGGACCCUGCCAAGUUGUGUGCCGAUCUCACAGCUGAUUACAGCACCGCAAUCAAGUUUGCUGACAAAUAUCCUCACACAUUCAAAACUAUGCGGUAUGAAGAUCUUUCAUUAGACCCAUAUUCAGGAGUCAAACAGCUAUUUAAGUUCUUCGGGCUGGACUUUCAUCCUCAAGUAAAAGCAUUUCUCGAUUCACACACAAAGACAGAUGCAGGAGGAGUAUCUAGUACAUUCCGGAACUCCAAGGCUGCUCCCUUCCAUUGGCGUCAGGAUCUGACACACAAAGAGGUAAGAGCCAUUCAGCGUGUCUGUCGACCUGCCAUGGCUGCUUGGGGAUACCAGCUGGCCCACAACGCCUCUCACCAACGUGAUUUCAACCCUAUCACAAAACACUUUACUUUGGACUAGUACCCUGUACACAUUGUGGAUUUUAUACUUAAUAAGCAAAUCUUUUUUUAAGUAUUGCCAUUGGGAGGAUGCCAGAAAAUGCAAGGUUUGAUUAUGUUGGACAAUUUUUAGAUGUAUUUACGCAUACUAUAUAGAUAAAUAACAUAUGUUUUUUUUUACUAUGCUUAUAUUUGGGGCUUUGGGAAGUCCCACUUGAAUUAAUAUAAUUUACUAUUGUCAUCAGAGUAAGAUGUUCCUCUUGAACACCCGUAAGUUUGUUCUGUCUGAUAGAUCAUUAUAAGUGUUUGAAGUCAGUACAUCAUAGAAGGCCAAUGUAGUUUUAAUUUAUACUUUGUUUAGUUACUCAAAGUAGAACACUUUUUGAUGUAUCAGAUGAUAGUUUUUAAAUGUGUAGUGGGAAGUUAUGUUUACACAUCAUUUCACUUAAAUGUAAUGGUUAAAGAAGGUGUCCCAUAAAAAUAUUGUUAAUUUUGUUAUACUGCUUUUAAUGUAAUGUUAAAUAAGAAGGUGAUUUUAGUUGAUUCGUUUAGAGAGCACAAUCAGAUGAAACUGGCUUCUUGCUUUCACUCAACAAAUUUUAGUGCACCAAUAGUCCUUACUGGCUAUUCUGAUGUAAAUGGAAUUUUUUCUGAAUCCUGUCUUUAGAGGAUUCUCUGCUACCAGAGCUAACUUAAAAAAUACAGUAAGUAUGACAUAUAUCUGGAUUCAAAAAUGUACUGUUUGUUAACAUCGUUGAUGUUACAUAUACAUUGAUGUAUUCUGUCACCAUUGGAGAUGUGGCACUUGGUAGUAAAAUAUUAUAUCAGCAUUGAUGUGACAAGCAUCACUCAGUGAAAUAUUCCAUCAGCAUUGGCAGAUGUGAUAAGCGGUAGUAAAACAUUAUACAGUAUAGAUUGAUAUUGCAAAUGGCAGCAAAAACUUUACAUCAGCAUUGGUAGAUGUGAUAAGCGGUAGUAAAACAUUAUACAGUAUAGAUUGAUAUUGCAAAUGGCAGCAAAAACUUUACAUCAGCAUUGGUAGAUGUGAUAAGCGGUAGUAAAACAUUAUACAGUAUAGAUUGAUAUUGCAAAUGGCAGCAAAAACUUUACAUCAGCAUUGGUAGAUGUAACAAGUCAGUGGGACACUAUACAGUAUUGUUUGAAGUGACCAGCAUCAGUAAAACAUUCUAUCAGAAUUUGAUGACGUUAGUGGCAGAAAACCGUGGUAUCAACAUUAGUAGAUGGAGAGAGUAAAUUGGCAAGUUAUUGAACAAUACAGUAAUCAUAUUUUGUUGAUAUCAUGGCCUUUGUUGUCCAGAGUUAAUUAUGCAGAAUUUGCAGUAAUAUUUGAACAAAACAUGCUCUCUAGUACGGUUUCCCAUUAAUAGUUAAAAAAAGGCAUUGCCCUUAUCAACCACGUGGCCUAACUAAUGAUGAAAAUGCAAUGCUUUCAGUGCUCAUUUAAAUGUGCCAGAAGUGUUAUGGAUACAGGAGUUCAGAUUUAAUGAGUUUUUAUAUUUAUUGCAAGGUGAUGGUGUGUGUUAAAAUUCUGCUAUGUACUUUGACUUUUUUACACAGAUAUGUAAUGUGUUUGAUUAGUAAAAAAUUACACAUGUAAUACUUUAAGGUGGGUAGAUUUUAAAUAUCUGGGUUUGAAAAUUGACACUUUCAUUUAGUGAUAUAAACUUUCACAACUUUUUAAAAUUACCUAUUCAUUGAAACAAGUCAUUUAUGCUUUUUAUAACAAUAGCCAUUUCUUUAUGGGACACCUACGUGUUAAAUUAUUACAUGCAUUUAAUAAUUCUAUUAUAAAAAAGAAUUGGCUAUGAGAUGUGUAGUUGGCAAAGAUAUAAAUGCUUUUGUGCAAUAUUUAAACGUGUUACUUAUGUAAAACAGUAACAAAUUAUCUUUCUCCUAGUUUUUUUACUGUCAUUAACAAAUAAUAUUUUAUGUAUACUUGUAUUUAUUUUCUGUAUAUAUUUUUAUGUUAGUUUAUAAGAUAGUAAUAAUUACAUCAACCAUUGCCAUGUUACUUUAUGUAGUGCUUUGGUUUGUGAUCUGACGUUUUAACUUAUGUACUUGUUUUUGAGAAGAAUCCAAUGUCUAGUCUUGUU